ACGAAAGGAAUUUUGUUUAAAAAUGGCAAUGAUAUGGAAUCGAUUAGGGCAGCUUGGUUUAGGUUUGACUAUGACUGGAAUUGUUGUUAACAAUGCAUUGUAUAAUGUUGAUGGAGGUCAUAGGGCUGUUAUCUUUGACAGAUUUACAGGAAUAAAAAAUCAAGUUGUAGGGGAAGGAACACAUUUCGUUAUUCCUUGGGUACAAAAACCUAUUAUAUUUGAUAUUCGAUCUAGGCCAAGGAAUAUUCCUGUAGUCACUGGAAGUAAAGAUCUACAAAAUGUAAACAUCACACUUCGUAUUCUCUUCAGACCUAUCCCAGAUUCUUUGCCAAAGAUCUAUACUAUUCUUGGUGUAGAUUAUGCUGAAAGAGUAUUGCCAUCAAUUACAAAUGAGGUAUUAAAAGCUGUAGUUGCCCAAUUUGAUGCAGGAGAAUUAAUCACGCAGAGAGAGAUUGUUUCUCAAAAGGUUAGGGAAGAUUUGACAGAUAGGGCUACGCAGUUUGGAUUAAUUUUAGAUGAUAUUUCUCUUACACACUUAACCUUUGGAAAAGAAUUUACUCAAGCUGUGGAGAUGAAGCAAGUAGCACAGCAAGAAGCAGAAAAGGCCCGUUUCUUAGUAGAAAAAGCAGAACAGCAUAAGAAAGCUGCUAUUAUCAGUGCAGAAGGCGAUGCACAAGCUGCAAGCUUGAUUGCAAACUCUCUUGGUGAAGCAGGCGAUGGUUUGGUUGAACUUAGAAGAAUCGAAGCUGCAGAAGAUAUAGCCCAUAACCUAUCUAGAUCUCGUCAAGUAGCUUAUUUACCACCAGGUCAAAAUGUUUUAUUAAACUUACCGCAGUAAAACUAUAAACUCGAAUAAAAAUUAUAUACAUAAGUUGUGCAUUUAUAUUGUAAUGUAUGAGUUUGAGUCUAGUAACAGAGUAUUUUUAAUAUGCGUAUAUGAUCCCAGACAGAUAAAUGAAGAUAAUUUUUUCACAAUUUUGAUUUACCUUCUCAGGCUUAUAAUUUUACACAUCUGUUUUCCUUCCAGUUAUAUAGCGUUUACUUGACAAAGUGAAAGCAUCCGUUGUUGCUGUCUAUGUCAAUUUGCUUUUCAGAAGAGGAGAGCAUUUUCUUUGAAUAUUUUCAAUGCCCUAAUAUUAUAUUUAUGAAUAUUAAAUAUAAUGUUCUUAAAUCGAAAUUCUAGCACAUGCAAGAUCAUCUUCUCAUAUCAGGGUUAUUGAUUUACUAACAAUUGGCUCUCUACCUCGAUGUGAGCAUUCAUACAGUUUAGUAAGCAAUGGUAGAAUUGUGCUUGCUUCAGCAUCAAGUAAUAG